AUGACACACUUGUCAAAAACUAUCCUCAAAACCGUAAUCGAGUCCUUAGGACUCAAUUUCGAUACAAAGUACUUGGCAGAAUUCAAUAAUUGCCACGGCUAUAUGCGAAUAAACCACUAUUCUUCCCCCGAAUUGAGUGAUGAUCAAGAAAUUGAAGGGCUCAGCAUGCACACGGAUAUGAGCUGCAUAACCGUAGUCUGCCAAGAUGAAAUUGGUGGCCUCCAAAUAAGGUCUAAGGAAGGGCAGUGGAUGGAAAUUAGUCCAAAAGAAAAUGCGCUUGUGGUGAAUAUUGGCGAUUUAUUACAGCUUGGAGAUGAGCUGGUUGUAGAUGCUCCUGAGGAAGUUGUGGGAGAAGGGAAUUCAAGGGUUUACAAGCCAUUUGUUUGUGGGGAUUAUGUCAAGUUUAGAGAGAAUAGUGAGAAGGGUAUGAAUAAUCAAGAUUUGGGUUGUAAGGCUCAAGAAUUUGAAAUGAAGAUUGUUUUGCUGGAGGCUGAAUUGAAAGUUCUGAAGAUGAAGAUUUCAAUGCUUGAAGAUUCUAUUGGGAAAUUUGAUUCUCAAGUGAAGUUGAUGAUGGACAGGAUGAAGAGAAUUCACUUGUUUAUUGUU